UUUAAAACCGAUUGUACUAUCGAUAGAUUCGAAUUUUCUCGAAUAAUUAAUUUCCGUAAUUGUUCAAUAAUUCGAUAGUAAAAUAAUUUGGUUUGCGGGAGUGAUACAUAUAUUUGAUUUCGCCAUCCAAGUAAAGUGAUGAUUUUUUAACAAAGUUGGGGUUAAAUGUCGGUGGGCCUUAUCCCCGUUCACAGAGGUCCAAAUCAAACAACGUGGAAAAGGCCAUGUCGCAAAAUAUAUACAUAGUUCCAAAUAAUAGCAGAUAUACGAGAUGAGGUUACGAUAUUGCAAACAGAAAGGUAUUAAAGCAGACACUUAAACAAGCAAGCCAUAACAACUUCUGGUACCGCCAAUACCAAUACGUUGGUAUCCUACUAACGGAUGAGAGCAGCUGUUCCAGAAAAAAUAAUAUUUUCAGAUUAAUAAAACUUCUGAAAUAUAUAUGUAAUGCGGAAAUUAAGGAAAAGGUCAUACAAGUAAAACCAACAAAACUAUCGUUGAAUUACCUGUUGAAGUAAUAGAUAUUAAAAUGACUUCAGAAGACCUUUUGCAACCAGGUCACGUGGUCAAAGAGCGAUGGAAAGUUGUGCGAAAAAUAGGUGGGGGGGGGUUUGGAGAAAUUUAUGAAGGGCAAGAUUUGAUAACUCGCGAACAAGUUGCGCUAAAAGUGGAAUCAGCACGUCAGCCAAAACAAGUUCUAAAAAUGGAGGUAGCCGUUCUAAAGAAAUUGCAAGGCAAAGAACAUGUUUGCCGCUUUAUAGGUUGUGGACGAAAUGACCGUUUUAAUUAUGUUGUUAUGCAACUGCAAGGAAAAAACCUUGCUGAACUACGUCGAGCGCAACCUCGUGGAGCAUUUUCUUUGAGUACUACCUUGCGACUUGGACUACAGAUAUUAAAAGCUAUUGAAUCCAUACAUUCAGUAGGAUUUUUACACCGUGAUAUUAAACCUAGCAACUUUUCUAUUGGACGUUUACCCUACAAUUGCCGUCGGGUAUAUAUGUUGGAUUUUGGGCUUGCUCGUCAGUAUACCACAGGAACUGGAGAGGUCCGUUGUCCCCGUGCCGCGGCUGGAUUCCGGGGCACUGUACGAUAUGCAUCUAUAAAUGCGCAUCGAAAUCGUGAAAUGGGACGUCAUGAUGAUUUGUGGUCCUUAUUUUACAUGUUAGUAGAGUUCGUUAACGGCCAAUUGCCGUGGCGUAAGAUUAAAGAUAAGGAGCAAGUAGGCUUUACGAAAGAGAAGUAUGAUCACCGCAUUUUACUAAAACACUUGCCUUCCGAUUUAAAACAGUUUUUGGAACAUAUACAAUCGCUCGCUUACGCCGAUCGCCCCGAUUAUGCGAUGUUGAUCGGGUUAUUCGAGCGCUGUAUGAAACGUCGAGGAGUAAAAGAUUCUGAUCCCUAUGAUUGGGAAAAGAUAGAUACUGUUAAUGCAACUACUAGUCAACCAACAAAUACUGUUCAAAUACUGGGUAAAAACGAAUAUGCACAUGGAAACACUGCGCAGAUGACAGUUGCUGCGUCAAAUGUUAGCGGGACUGAAUAUCCACGACAUCGUAAUGAUAUGGACACAGCAUUAUUUGCUUCAACAGAUCCAAUAAAUGGAAAGGAAAAGGUUGACAAAAAUUGCAACGCACCCUUACCACAGAUCGACGGUCUUUUGUUGAAUAUGAGCUCCUGCAAUCAGAACGCGAUUCAGAAGGCAAAUCCAGCGCAAUCAGCAAAUUUAACAGGUUCUGCAAAUGUCCAUUGCGUUAAAACAGUUGACCAAACUUUUGAUCAGAAAACACAACCAAAGUUACCAUCUCAACCACAUUUGAACGCACCCCAAAUAAGUUUAUUUUUGCCGUCAGCAGCACCAAAUGUGUCCAAUUCCACUGGUGCAAUAAAACCAUCUACAGUUACGGCCUCCAAUCGUUCAGAUUGUGCUGGUUCGGUUACAGGCUCCACACCUCCAUUGAACAGUCACAAACACCAUCCAAAGCAGCAAUUUAUCCACGGACAUUCACACGUUCAAGCUAGAUCAAAUUCACCUUCCGCGCAAACUGUACGCAAAAAUUAUUCAUCUCCUAUACAGGCUCAAAUUGGUGGCUGUGAUAAGGAAGUAGGACCGAAUUCUACCUCUCUCCAAUCCCAUUUACAGAAUGACGACAUACUCAUUGGUGAUACUAGUAUAGCAGAGGAUCAACUUAAUUACCAAAAUGUCGUUGAAGGUCAAAGUGGGUUUAGAUGUGAUGGCUCGCCAAAAAAAAUACAGAGAUCUGACGGCACUAAUGACGAACCUAAUUUUAAUCAGAAUUUGAAUGCAACUGAACUACUUAUAAAAGGAACAUCGAGUGUGUAUGAUCCAGCAGUGAGCAGCGGAUGUCUCAUAUUAAAUGAAAGUGCGUCUUCUCAUGCUCAUGAUGCAACCCCAUUUUCUUUUGAUGUCGCUCUGGGUCCUUCAAAAGCAGUUGUACUUCAAAAUAACAUUAGCAGUCAACGAACUUCUCAAAUAGGACCAACCGGAGGAAUACAACAAAAUGUUUAUUUUGGGUCAGCCACAAAAUGUCGUUCAUCAGCAGCUUCCAGUUUGCGGCCAGCGUUUAAUUCUAGUGGAUCAGUACACCGUUUCGGUAAUAUUGGAUUAACACGCAGUAGUAAUGGACCCGGCGUAGCUGGAGAUCAUUCCAUGACUCAGUACGCUUUAAUAGAUGACGAAAACGUGUCGGCGUUGCAACAAGUAACUAAAGGUGGCGGAGCUCUCACUUUGGCAUCUCAGUGGAAAAGUCAGUUUGAUGAUUCGGAGGAUACGACAGAUAACGAAUGGAAACAAGAACCUCAGGCUGCUCAUUUGUCGGAACUGCGGAUAUCGGACUACUAUAACAUACAGCUGCCAUACAAACUGAACGAUCGGAGUCAGGUUCUU